CUCCCCCCUCCAGCUACUCUCUGCUAGUCCAAGAUCUGAGUGACCGGGAUGACCACCACUCUUCGUCUUGAUCUGCUACCGGGUAACCCAUAAGGCAGCUUCUUUCGACCAACAGGUGACUAACCGACCGAGCACCAGCCACCCUAUCUUACAUAUAUCGUCUGCCUGUGAUGCCUCUCUUACCAUCCGAUGCUCGCACAUCAAUGCAUCGACAAUCGUGGCCACCUAGCGGGCUGUGGCCCUCAAGCCCUAGCCGCAUCCCGCCGGCACUAGAUGAGGACAAAGACGGGCUCUCUACAGAUGACGAAGACAUCGACAUCUCGAGAAGGCCCGAGAACCCUCUCAAAUACUUCCUAACACCCGCAACCCCUAUGGAGGAAGAGCUAGAGUUUCAGUUCGACUUCGAUGCGGGCAUCGAGGACUCGAACAGCCCCCGUCAAAUAGUGAGAAGCGUGAGCCCUUCAACGCUCGACGGCCUCAGACGAUACAAAGCCAGGAGCAAAGAAGCAGGCUGUGCUAUCCUUGAUGAUGACGACGAAGACGAGGAUGAUGAUGGAGAGGAAUACAUUCGCUUCACUCCUCAGAAGCCACUCCCCUUCGGUCUCGACGACUACUUCGAUUGCCCACGUCGUAGCUCUCCCAACCGUCGAGGCUCAGACUCUCUACUCUCGCCUUCAUCACCUUCAUUCCACGUGGGCUCGCCCAGGGGUCGUCUAGCCAAGCGCUUUGCGCCGCCACCUCCAUCUCGUCGUGUCAGGCCUCACGCUAGGACAUUGCAGCGCCGACACUCCUGGCGCGAACCCAGCCCGGACGUUUGGUCUAUCGACGAAGAACCAGAGAAGGAGACGAGAAGUGAGAUGGGGCUCAGUACUGAGGAUCUCGACGAUGGUACAGAGAAGAAGACUCAACCUAUAGAUAUACCGGCUGCAAAGCCUAGGAAGAAGAAGGUCCGGUUCGUGUUGCCAGUUACGGAGUAUUGAUUUACAUCAUAAUCAUCAUAUAUCCAUACCCAUCUCAAUUUUUCUAAACUUGCAUAUUUCCUGAUCGGCUAGGGGGUGGACAUCUACUGCAUGGGCACGGAGUCGCGGAUUGCUUGAUUUCUUAAGGGGUCUCCUUUCUGCAUCAUGGUCACUCAGGUUGUCUCUUUGGCUUUUCCUCAUCUCGUCACCGUUUCUACGGAGUGUCCUCGGCAUAUACACGGCGUCUAGGCAGGGUGGUAGUUAUCUUCUUUAUUCCUCUUAUAUUCCCAUGCAACUGAGGCAUUACGUUGGGUGGUUCUAUCUGUUCAAGGCUUUUUGGUUAUACAUGG